CCGGGCGGCGGCGGCAGCGUUGGUGGCGGCGGCGCGAACUGCGGGCGCCGGAGCAGAGCGAACAGCCGAGCGGGUGGCGUCCCGGGUCGGGCGCACGGAGGGCGGCGGAGGUGCGGCCCGAAGCCAUGGUGAUCAUGUCGGAGUUCAGCGCGGUCCCCUCAGGCACAGGCCAGGGCCAGCAGAAGCCCCUCCGGGUGGGCUUUUACGACGUGGAGCGGACCCUGGGCAAAGGCAAUUUUGCGGUGGUUAAGCUGGCGCGGCACCGAGUCACCAAAACGCAGGUUGCAAUAAAGAUAAUUGACAAGACCCGCUUAGACUCUAGCAAUCUGGAGAAGAUCUACCGGGAGGUCCAGCUCAUGAAACUCCUGAACCACCCGCACAUAAUCAAGCUGUACCAGGUUAUGGAGACAAAAGAUAUGCUAUACAUUGUCACAGAAUUUGCAAAAAAUGGAGAAAUGUUCGAUUACCUGACCUCCAAUGGGCACCUGAGCGAAAACGAGGCUAGGAAGAAGUUCUGGCAGAUCCUGUCAGCGGUGGAGUACUGCCACAACCAUCACAUAGUGCACCGGGACCUCAAGACGGAGAACCUGCUGCUGGACAGCAACAUGGACAUCAAGCUGGCAGAUUUUGGAUUUGGGAAUUUCUACAAGCCAGGCGAGCCUCUGUCCACGUGGUGUGGGAGCCCCCCCUAUGCAGCCCCUGAAGUCUUCGAGGGGAAGGAGUACGAAGGGCCCCAGCUGGACAUCUGGAGCCUCGGAGUGGUGCUCUACGUCCUCGUCUGCGGCUCCCUCCCCUUUGACGGACCCAACCUGCCGACCCUGAGGCAGCGGGUGCUGGAGGGGCGCUUCCGCAUCCCCUUCUUCAUGUCUCAAGACUGCGAGACACUCAUCCGACGCAUGCUGGUCGUGGACCCCGCCAAGCGCAUCACCAUCGCCCAGAUCCGCCAGCACCGGUGGAUGCAGGCCGACCCCACCCUCCUGCAGCAGGACGACCCCGCCUUCUCCAUGCAGGGCUACACCUCCAACCUGGGCGACUACAACGAGCAGGUGCUGGGUAUCAUGCUGGCCCUAGGCAUCGACCGGCAGAGGACAAUUGAGUCCCUGCAGAACAGUAGCUACAACCACUUCGCUGCCAUUUACUACCUCCUCCUUGAGCGCCUCAAGGAGCACCGAAGCACCCAGUCCUCAUCCCGGCCCGGCCCUGCACCUCCCAGACAGCCCAGGAUCCGCAGCCCGGACCUCAGCAGUCUGGAGGUGCCUCAAGAAAUUCUCCCGUGUGACCCUUUCCGGCCCUCUCUGCUGUGUCCGCAGCCCCAGGCCUUGGCUCAGUCUGUCCUGCAGGCCGAGAUGGACUGUGACCUGCACAGUUCCCUUCAGCCCUUAUUCUUCCCCGUGGAUACCAACUGCAGCGGAGCAUUCCGUCACCGUUCCGUCUCCCCCAGCAGCCUGCUGGACACAGCCAUCAGUGAGGAGGCCAGGCAGGGUCCUGGUCUGGAGGAGGAGCAGGAGGUCCAGGGACCCCUGCCUGGCAGCACAGGCCGGAGGCACACGCUGGCUGAAGUCUCCACCCAUUUCUCCCCACUCAAUCCUCCUUGCAUAAUCGUCUCCUCCUCUGCCACAGCGAGUCCCUCAGAAGGAACUAGCUCUGACAGCUGCCUCCCCUUCUCUGCAAGUGAAGGUCCUGCAGGGCUCGGUGGCGGCCUGGCCACUCCAGGGCUGCUGGGCACCAGCUCUCCAGUCAGAUUGGCCUCCCCUUUCCUGGGGUCACAGUCAGCCACCCCUGUGCUACAGGCUCAGGCAGGUCUGGGCACAGCUGUCCUACUUCCUGUCAGCUUCCAGGAGGGACGGAGAGCGUCAGAUACCUCACUCACUCAAGGGCUGAAGGCCUUCCGGCAGCAGCUGAGAAAGAAUGCGAGGACCAAGGGGUUCCUGGGACUGAACAAGAUCAAAGGGCUGGCGCGCCAGGUGUGCCAGUCCUCCAUCCGUGCUUCCCGGGGAGGCAUGAGUACCUUCCACACCCCAGCCCCCAGCUCAAGCCUGCAAGGCUGCACAGCUAGCAGCCGGGAGGGCAGGAGCCUGCUCGAGGAGGUGCUGCACCAGCAGAGGCUGCUCCAGUUACAGCACCAUUCAGUCACCUCAUCCAGCUGCCAGCAGGGCCCCCAGCCAUCCCCUGUCCCAUACGUGCUCGCACCCUGUGAUGGCCUCCUCAUGUCUGGGAUCCCACUGCUGCCGGCACCCCUCCUCCAGGCUGGCAUGUCCCCCGUGGCAUCUGCUGCACAGCUCCUGGAUGCCCACUUGCACAUCAGUGCUGGCCCAGUGGCCCUACCCACCGGGCCCCUGCCACAGUGCCUCACCAGGCUGGCCCCAAGCUGUGAUCCUGCUGGGCUGCCACAGGGGGACUGUGAGAUGGAGGACCUGACCUCUGGCCAGCGGGGGACAUUUGUCCUGGUACAGUGAGUGGGGGUGGCUCUGCCUGCCGCACCCCGCCGUGGCCGACUGACUCUUCCAAGCAAUAAUUUCAGAGUAUGUGAAGAUGGUUUCGGACUCAAAGCCAAGAACUUUCUAGACGUGAAACAAGCAAUAUGUUUGGUGUAUGGGCUUUUUAGGAAAUUUUUUUUUUUUUUUUUUUUUUUUUUUUUUUUGUUGUUGUUUGUUUUUCCUUGCACUGAGUGACCUCAAUGGUGAGUAGGGACUGAAACUUUCUGAAGAAAAAUAAUAAUUGAGGGUGUGUCAUACAGGCGGGUGGAUGGGAGGGGUAGCGGGGUGAGAGGAAAAACCCAUGCAGCUGGGGUGAAGGAGAAGAGGGGGGCCAUGCUGCUCAGGGACCUACACUCCCGUUUGUCAGUUCAUCGCCGUAACAUGGCGAGCUUGGUCACCCCUGGAGGGGAGCGGCACCGAGUGUGGCACAUACCCGUGUGUUGGUUGUCACUGUCCUGGGUUUGGGUUCACAGCUCUCCACUUCUGAAAUGCUCGUGCUUUAACAAAAACUGUGAACUUGCUGCUUUCCGAGUAGGACCGGCCUAGGGGAAGGCCGGGCACAGAAUCUGGAUUUUUUUUUUUUUUUUUCCUGUCAGCCCGUGGACGGCCUCAUCGUAGCGUAGCUUGGACUUUGUAGCUAGCUGCUCAAGUCAGUUUGCCAGGCUUAUUCAGAGGACUGGAAGGGGUUUAGGACCUGCAGGUAGGAGCUCUGUCCCAUGGUCGCUCAGCCCAGGGCCCCUCACACCUCAAGAAAGCCAGGAAGUUCCUUCCUGCCAUCUCUCUCGACUCCGCUGCUAAUUAUCAGAUUUUUACGCAUUUCAUUAUCAGGGUCCAACAAGAACACCUGACUUGGGGAAAUUGUGCAAUACCAAGGGGCUGUGACCAAGAGGGGUCCAGGCAGCCAGCGGGCAUCUUGUUUAUAACCACCUGCCCUUGGUCUGGGACCCAGGCCUGGGCUCUGUCUGGCUCGCAUUCCAGGAAUAUGAGAAGUAUAGUUCAGUGUUUGUAAAGUUUCUUUUUUAAGCAAAUACUGUAUAUGUAUAUAAAUAGGAGACAGUACUUAUUUUUUCUAUUUUGUAUACACUCUUACGUUCCUGGCUUAACUCUCUCUUGGUCACAUUAAGAUGUGUCCCCGUCUGCACCACAUUUGUGUUGAAGGGGCUGCAGGCUGCCCACCCCCAGCACAGGGUAGAGGGUCAGGGAGUGGCCCCACCUGACCAGUCUACCUCGGCAGGUCGGCCCAGGCACAGCUCUGCCAUCCGAAAACCUCUGGAAGGAACCAGGGGCGUCACCCCCUCCCACCUUUUCUGUGUCAGGCGACUAUCCCUCUGCCUCCCACGCGACUACGGCGUGUCGCCACCUCAGUAUUAACCUGAGGUUACUAAGGGAGAGGAAAGGAGGCACUUCUAAAAGCCAAAGAUUGACUGAGUUACCUGAGGCCAAGAAGAGGCUGCUGUGCUCAGCCUGACGUCACAGCAUGGUCAUCCCUGUUGGCCCCGUGGCCCUGUCUUACACCGCUUACUCGAAAGACCGUUCUGGGUCAGAACUGGUGCCCUCCUGCCGACCUGAUGUGUGGAUUGGGGAAGCACCCCAGUAUCCUGGGCUGCCAGCCCUCGUCUCCCUCAGUUCCUGUCUGGAUACCACAGAUCAAAGGCCUGGGCACCGCUGUGUGUCAGAAGCGACAAGCACUUUACUUUCUGGCAGUUUUUGUGUCUUCUAGUUGCUGUCAACCCUUCCUAGGGAACAGUAACGUCAUGGUUUUUAGUUCUCGUUUUUUGGGGUUUUUUUUUGUGUGUGUGUGGUUUUGGUUUUUUUUUGUUUUUUUUUUUUUUUUUUUUUUUUUUGCGUGUGUGGUGUGUUUUUGUAGAUCCUCGCAGCCCCGUCCUGGACUGUAAUGGAAUCGCCUAUUUAAAAGACACUACGUGAUCUCAGAUGUAUAUAGAAUGGGUUUUUUUUAAUUUGUUUUUUUUACUAUGAUGGAAUUGUUUCAAUUCUCAUGUUAAUGUGAGAAACGUAUGCCAAAUGAUUAGUUUGAUGUAUGUUUUUUUAAUUUAAUAUUUAAAUAAAAUAUUUGGGGGGAAACCUUGACU